UGGGAGCAGUGAAGCUGGGCCACUCCAAAUCAAACAUAUCUCUACUACGAAAUUUCAAAGAUAUCUCUGAAAACGAACUUCCUUCCCUCCACUGAACAAAAUCAGCAGAUUCUGUAAGGCCGGCCUAUUUACCGGCAGAAUUGCAAUAAUUUCAGUCAAGCUACUCGUCCGUUCUGCACAGAUUGGUGAGUAAUUUUGUGUUCCCGUGAUUGCAAGUCCUUCUGUUCCUCAAAUAUCGGUUGUUGUUUGCACUCUCGAUCUCACCUCCUUUGCUUUACUAGUUCUAUGUUACUUUAAAUUUAUCAGCAACUAUGUUACUUCAUGUAACCGAUUCCGAAUUCACUUGCAUGCUGAGGUGUUCGAGUGUUUCAGCUCACUUUUUUUUGUGUAUGCAUUGUCUAUGCAAGGUCGCAUUUGACACAAUAGUUACGGCCUUUAGGAAUUACUAUUGUCAUUAUUAGUUUUAGAGCCGUGAAAGAAAUCAAUAUGUGUGAUGGAGAUUGAAAUACGAAAAUACACAGAUGAUUCGACGCCCCUUCGAAUAAUUACUCUGCAUUUUCAGCUUGAAUGAUGUGCUCUGAAGUCUAAACCUGUGAAUAACUUCAGAUAUUCAAGGACGUGAAGACAUGGGAAAAAGUUCUUUGAUCUGGGGAAACGGCUAAUUUUAAGAUGUUUUUUCGUUCAAAACACUGGUUUGACUAAGCUGAUUUUAGACAUCAAGAGGAAGUGAAAAAAAGGAGGGGGGAUAAGGAUAUCCUAGUCCGAUGGAAAAGAUUAUGGUAGCUGUAAAGGCAUCCAAGGAAAUACCCAAGACGGCUCUUGUUUGGGCCUUGACACAUAUUGUUCAACCAGGAGAUUGCAUUGCACUUCUAGUUAUUGUCCCUUCCCAUAGUUCUGGUAGAAAAUGGGGGUUUCCAAGGUUUGCAGGAGAUUGUGCCCAUGGUCAUCGAAGGGCACACACUGGAACUAGUUCUGAGCAGAAAUCAGACAUAGCAGAUUCCUGCUCCCAAAUGAUCUUUCAGCUUCAGAAUGUAUAUAAACAGAAAAAGAUAAAUGUCAAGAUUAAAAUUGUUUCUGGGUCACCAUGCGGGGCUGUGGCUGCUGAGGCAAAGAGGACUCAAGCGAAUUGGGUCAUUUUCGACAAGCAGCUCAAGCACGAGGAAAAACGUUGCAUGGAAGAGCUGCUAUGCAACAUUGUAGUAAUGAAGCGGUCUCAAGCAAAAGUUCUUCGCCUUAAUUUAGUUGGUUCAUGUAAAAAGGAGAAUGAAGUUUCCAGUUCAAUGCCUCCAGAGAAAUCUCAAUCAAGUAGUCCAGAGAUACUCACUAGUCCAGAGAUAUUCACUGCCACUGAAGGUGGCGGUACCCCCCUCAGCUUACAGUUCUGAUCCAGGAGGAACCUCUCCAUUUUUCAACAUGUUACCAGGUAUAGAUGUACAAAGAGGAGCGCUGUUGGAUAUAAGAGAAGACAACCAUGGCAAUGAAUCACGUUGGGAGAGUGAUAGUGAAAACCUGUCUUGCUCCUCAAGAAAUGUAAUUGUUCAUCCAUGGAUGUCAAACAACUUUGUCAAACCACAAUUCCAGUCCCCCCAUCACCACCAAGCUCAAAUCUAUGCAACUAAGGGCAUGCUUGAAGAUGGCAGAUUUGCAGCAUCCCCAAGCUUUAGGUCUGACCUGGAUUUCACCGGAAAUUUGAGAGAUGCAAUUUCACUUUCCAGAAGUGCCCCUCUUGGUCCACCUCCCUUGUGUACAAUAUGCCAACACAAGGCACCUGUCUUUGGGAAACCUCCUAAGUGGUUCAGCUAUGCUGAGUUGGAACAUGCAACAGGUGGAUUUUCUCAGACCAACUUUUUGGCCGAGGGAGGGUUUGGAUCUGUUUACAGAGGUGUCCUCAAUGACGGUCAGGUGGUUGCUGUUAAACAACAUAAAUUGGCAAGUUCUCAAGGGGAUCAAGAAUUUUGUUCAGAAGUUGAGGUUCUUAGUUGUGCUCAGCAUCGGAAUGUAGUUAUGUUGAUAGGAUUCUGUAUUGAAGAUAGCAGAAGGAUGUUAGUCUAUGAAUACAUUUGCAACGGAUCUUUAGAUUCCCAUCUUUAUGGAAAUAAUGAAGAACCCUUAUUGUGGUCUGCCCGCCAAAAGGUGGCUGUCGGAGCUGCAAGGGGAUUGCGUUAUCUUCAUGAGGAAUGUAGAGUAGGAUGCAUUGUUCACCGAGACAUGCGGCCCAACAACAUUCUUAUCACCCAUGACUUUGAACCACUGGUUGGAGACUUCGGUCUAGCUAGAUGGCAACCUGAUGGAGAUACAGCAGUCGAAACACGUAUUCUUGGGACAUUUGGGUACUUGGCUCCAGAGUACACUCAAAGCAGCCAGAUCACAGAAAAAGCCGAUGUUUACUCAUUUGGUGUGGUACUUGUUGAGCUUGUCACCGGACGCAGAGCAGUGGAUCUAACCAGGCCCAAAGGCCAGCAGUGCCUCACAGAAUGGGCCCGUCCAUUGUUGGAAGAAUAUGCCGUUGAGGAAUUGAUCGAUCCCAGGCUAGAAAACUGCUAUGUGGAGCAUGAGGUUCAUUGCAUGUUACAUGCUGCAUCGUUGUGCAUACGUCGUGAUCCUCAGGACAGGCCACGCAUGUCUCAGGUACUUCGCAUGCUUGAAGGGGACAUCAUCAUGGACUCAGGUCGCAUAUCUACCCCAGGACAGAGCAGAAGGAUAUGGACUGAUGCCUCCCCACAGUAUCAAAGAUACAGCGGCCCUAUGUUAAAUGAAGUGCUGGAGGGUUUUACUCCCAAGCUCUCCUUGGAUAUAUAUACUAAAAUCCCCAAGUGGGAGAAAAAAGAUGAUGAUAUAG